CUCUACUUAUCAUCUCUCACUCAUCCUCUGACCCUCUCCUCUCUCCUCUCUCCAUCCUUCCGUCUUUCAAUAUUCUAUCCAUAUUGAUCUAAUCUUCAUUCAAAAUGUAUCCAUUCCUCCCCUGGAGUCAAAACCAGGCCAAUGUUAGAGCCACUCUCAGUGCUCCUACUCCCAGCAUCGACAGCGCCAGCACCCUCAACUCCAGCUUCAGCUAUGGCGAUAGCCUCUACUCUUCCUCGCCCAUCUCUUCGAUGCCUCCUCCCCCUCCCUGCUCUCCUACAGACUCGCUGCUUGAUAUCACUCCUCGCAAAUCCUCCUUCUCCAGCCUCUAUGGCGUGAACAACUCCUGCGCUUUCCCUUCAUGGCCUAACCGCCCCUCUCUCCUCAAUGCCGAUUCAGACUCCUCUACUGCCAGUGCCUAUCUUUCCGACGAAGACCUUUACACAGACUCGCCUGCUCCCUCGGACACUGUCAUCGAAGAAGAAUCGGCUGCUAUGGACCCUGUCUGUGGGAGCAUCACCACCGAACAGCAGAUCCAGCAGCUGCGUGCUGCAGCCGAGGAAGAGGAACAUCGCGCGCGUUUCCUGGCCCAAGUUCAGGCUCAUGCUCGUGCCCAGCAAGCUUUGCGUGUCUCUCAGUUGACCAUUGUCGAGCGCGAAACCACAAAGCGCAGCAAGAAGCGCAGAGCUUUUCCCGAGAAGAAACGACGGACCAUCUCAUCGCCCUCCAAGGCGCGGGCUUAGAUCAGACCAGACCACAGCCCACAACCCAAUGCGCAGCGCGGGCGUUGCCAUCAUUCUAUUUUCGAUACCCUAAUCAUUCUUCUUCGUUUCUUCCUCUCUUUCUUCGUCAAUGCGACCGGCCUUAUCGAAUACCCCCACGUUGCCCCUCCGGUGGUCGAGAGUUCUCCGGCGGAGAUCGA